UGUUCUGUAACAUUUAUUGAAGAAAAGCCUAAUGGGGGAAAAUGUGGUCCCGGUGAACUGCUGCGACCCUUAAUGAAUCUGCAGUCUCUUCGGAGAAUCGCAAGCAGAAAUCCCCAAUGCUAGCGUGUACUUAGUGCUUCAAACAAUAAUUACCUCACCAGAGUGAAAUCACCCGAAGACCAUAAAAGGAUUUGACAGUUUCCCCACGAUCCUUCGCAGAGGCAGUAGCAAGGUUGUGCAGAGAGGGCUGUGGCCACUGAUAACUCCCUCACUCAGCUGCUGAGGAACUCAGAAAAGCCUGCUCCAAACUUUUCAGCUGUUGACAAGCUUGACUUGCUGAGAACACUGGUUAAAUAUAGCCCGAGCGAGCCCAGCUCCACAAAGUCAUUGCUCGAACAGUGUGGGAAGAAGAGAGCAAGAAGAAGGGGAAACCUAAUCUCGGAACCAAACUGCCGGAGCCAAACAACACCUAGCAACAGUUGAAAAAACUUUUAAACAAAAGUCUGGGUGGGAGACUUGAGAGAGGACGACCUCCUGUCUCUGCCGAUUGGGGCUCCAGGGAGACAAAAGUUCAUCUCUCUUCUUUCUUCUGGGUUCUCUGAAUGACUAGCUGCUGAUUAGACCUAAGGGAGUGGGAAAACCCAAUUGCUGUGGAUUUCUUGGGGCAGGAGAGUUUUCUUGGACUUCCAGAUAAUUUGUGCUGUGGGACAAGCCACCAGACUUGCGGAAGAAUAAGCUGUCACUCAUCAAGGAACCUAGAACUCUGCUGUCAGUUUCCUCAUUUGUAAAAUGAUCUGGAGAAGAAAUGGAAAACCACUCCAGUAUCUGCCAAGAAAAGUCCAAAUGAGGUCAUGAAGAGCCAGACAUCACUGAAAACAACCUAAUAACAAAUCGAAUUACAUUGAAUGACCAGAUCUAUACAUAAGUAAGCUAAGUGGAAUGAAAUACAAUUUGGAGGAAGGUGGGAAUGAGAUCCCGAAAUCAAGGUGGUGAAAACUCAUCAAACGGGCACUUCUCCUGCCCUCAACCCUCCACCAUCACCAUUGCUGAAGAUAAAAACUUUCCAGAAGAUGCAAAGAAAAAGAAAAAAACAACUAGAAAGGAGGGUGAUGUCAUGGUUUCAGCAACUGUCAAACGACACUUGAAAACAUCUGGAGAAAGAGACCAGGGAAAUAAGAAAUCCCUAGAGUUAUCCAAAGAAGACCUCAUCCGACUACUCAGUAUAAUGGAGGGAGAAUUGCAGGCCAGGGAAGAUGUGAUCCACAUGCUGAAGACAGAAAAAACCAAACCUGAAGUUUUAGAGGCACACUAUGGAUCUGCAGCACCUGAGAAUGUCCUCCGAGUUCUUCACAGAGAUGCCAUCCUUGCCCAAGAAAAGUCCAUAGGAGAAGAUGUAUAUGAGAAACCAAUUUCAGAGUUGGAUAGACUUGAAGAAAAACAAAGAGAAACCUAUCGGCGCAUGUUGGAACAGCUCCUAUUGGCAGAGAAGUGCCACAGGCGUACUGUUUAUGAACUAGAAAACGAGAAGCACAAGCAUACAGAUUACAUGAACAAAAGUGAUGACUUCACCAACCUCCUGGAACAGGAACGUGAAAGGUUAAAAAAGCUUCUUGAACAGGAGAAGAUCUACCAAGCUCGCAAAGAAAAAGAAAAUGCCAAGAGGCUCAAUAAACUGAGAGAUGAACUGGUCAAACUCAAAUCAUUUGCCCUCAUGCUGGUAGAUGAAAGACAAAUGCACAUUGAACAACUUGGUCUGCAAAGCCAGAAGGUACAAGACCUUACACAGAAGUUAAAAGAAGAGGAAGAGAAGCUAAAAGCUAUUACUUCAAAAUCCAAAGAAGAUAGGCAAAAACUGCUCAAGCUAGAAGUAGACUUUGAACAUAAAUCUUCAAGAUUCUCUCAAGAGCAUGAGGAGAUGAAUGCUAAAUUGGCCAAUCAGGAAUCACACAACAGGCAGCUUCGGCUUAAGCUGGUUGGUUUAACUCGAAGAAUUGAGGAACUAGAAGAAACCAAUAAGAAUCUCCAAAAGGCUGAGGAAGAACUUCAGGAGUUAAGAGAUAAAAUAGCCAAAGGGGAAUGUGGAAACUCCAGCCUUAUGGUGGAAGUAGAAAACCUCCGAAAACGUGUACUGGAAAUGGAGGGCAAAGAUGAGGAGAUUACAAAAACAGAAUCACAAUGUCGAGAAUUGAAGAAGAAGCUGCAAGAAGAAGAACACCACAGCAAGGAGCUCAGACUUGAAGUUGAGAAGUUACAAAAGAGGAUGGCUGAACUGGAAAAGUUGGAAGAGGCUUUCAGCAAGAGCAAAUCAGAAUGCACACAGCUGCACUUAAAUCUAGAAAAAGAAAAAAACUUAACCAAAGACCUGAUAAAUGAAUUGGAAGUGGUGAAAAGUCGGGUUAAAGACCUUGAAUCUUCUGAAAGUCGAUUAGAAAAGGCUGAAUUGAGUUUAAAAGAUGAUCUGACAAAGCUGAAGUCAUUUACUGUGAUGCUGGUCGAUGAAAGGAAAAAUAUGAUGGAAAAAAUAAAACAAGAAGAAAGAAAAGUAGAUGGGCUCAAUAAAAAUUUCAAGGUGGAGCAAGGGAAAGUUAUGGAUGUGACUGAGAAACUAAUUGAUGAAAGUAAGAAGCUGUUAAAACUUAAGUCUGAAAUGGAGGAAAAGGUAUACAGCCUGACAAAGGAGCGAGAUGAGUUAAUGGGAAGAUUGAAAAAUGAAGAGGAAAAAUCCUCAGAGCUGAGUUGUAGUGUUGACCGAUUAAAGAAGAGGCUAGAUGGCAUGGAGGAAGUAGAGCGAGAAAUAACCAGAAGCAGAUCACGAAAAGGACCUGAACUCAACUGCCCAGAAGAUAACAAGAUUAAAGAAUUAACAUUGGAAAUAGAAAGACUGAAAAAGCGUCUCCAACAAUUAGAAGUAGUUGAAGGAGACUUGAUGAAGACAGAGGAUGAGUAUGAUCAACUGGAGCAGAAAUUCAGAACUGAACAGGAUAAGGCUAAUUUCCUCUCUCAACAGCUAGAGGAGAUAAAGCACCAGAUUGCCAAAAAUAAGGCAAUUGAGAAAGGUGAGGCUGUAAGUCAGGAGGCUGAGCUAAGACACCGGUUCCGACUGGAAGAGGCCAAGAGCCGAGAUCUGAAGGCUGAAGUACAAGCUCUGAAAGAGAAGAUUCAUGAAUUAAUGAACAAAGAAGACCAGCUUUCUCAGCUACAGGUGGACUACUCAGUUCUUCAACAAAGGUUUAUGGAGGAAGAAAGCAAGAACCGAAACAUGGGACAGGAAGUCUUAAACUUGACAAAAGAGUUAGAGCUCUCUAAGCGUUAUAGCCGAGCUCUAAGGCCAAGUGUGAAUGGAAGAAGGAUGGUAGAUAUUCCUGUGGCUUCUACUGGAGUGCAAACAGAUGUAAGCAAUGAAGCAGCAGAGGAAGAAACCCCAGCUGUGUUUAUAAGGAAAUCCUUUCAAGAGGAGAAUCAUAUCAUGAGCAAUCUUCGGCAAGUGGGGUUAAAGAAGCCCAUGGAGCGAUCAUCUGUAUUGGAUAGGUAUCCUCCAGCAGCAAAUGAACUUACAAUGAGGAAAUCUUGGAUCCCAUGGAUGAAAAAAAGAGAAAAUGGUCCCCAAACACCUCCAGAGAAAGGGCCUCGAGCCAAUUCCAGCCCAGGAGAGGUGGUUCUUUCCCCAAAGCAGGGCCAACCUCUUCAUAUUCGGGUGACUCCUGAUCAUGAGAACAGCACAGCUACUUUGGAGAUAACUAGUCCAACAUCUGAAGAGUUUUUUUCUAGCACCACUGUCAUUCCUACUUUAGGGAACCAAAAACCACGAAUCACCAUUAUCCCCUCACCAAAUGUCAUGUCUCAGAAAUCAAAAGGAAAUGACACAACACUAGGGCCAGAACGUGCCAUGUCACCAGUUACGAUAACUACGUUCUCCAGAGAGAAGACCCCUGAGGGUGGCAGGGGAACUUUUAUGGAGAGACCCACAUCUCCUAUUCAAAUAAUGACAGUAUCAACAUCUGCUGCACCAGCAGAGAUCUCUGUAUCUCCUGAAUCAAAGGAAAUGCCCAUGGGAAGGACUGUCUUCAAAGUAACUCCAGAAAAACAGGCUGUUCCAACUCCAGUACGAAAAUACAAUUCCAAUGCCAACAUCAUAACUACAGAGGACAACAAAAUUCACAUUCACUUGGGUUCCCAAUUUAAAAGAUCCCCUGGAGCCUCUGCUGAAGGGACAAGUCCACUCAUUACAGUUAGACCAGUCAAUGUGACAGCUGAAAAGGAGGUCACUACUGGCACUGUCCUUCGUUCUCCUAGGAACAACCUUUCCUCAAGGCCUGCAGCAAGCAAAGUUACAAGUACCAUCACUAUAACACCUGCCACCACAUCAUCUACCCGGGGAACCCAGUCAAUGUCGGGACAAGAUGGGUCAUCUCAGCGGCCUACACCCACCCGCAUUCCUAUGUCAAAAGGUAUGAAAGCAGGAAAGGCAGUAGUGGCAGCCCCAGGAGCAGGAAAUCUGACCAAAUUCGAGCCUCGAGCAGAGACUCAGUCUAUGAAAAUAGAACUGAAGAAAUCUUCAGCCAGCAGCACUACCUCUCUUGGAGGGGGGAAGGGCUGAGGGCAGUAUCUAAGGGGAAAGCAUCAUCAUUCAUCAGUUACGGAUGAACUCUAGAUGAAAAAUGAUACCAAGCAUAUACUUUGUUUGUGCAUCUCCUUUGAAUCCCAGGUGGAUGAAUUAAAUUUCUGCAGCCCUUUACCAUCACCAUGGUCUUCUAUGCUACUGAUCACUAAUGGAAAUAAUUUACUUCUUCCAAUGAAUGUUUUUGGGGGUAGAAUUUUAAAGCUUAAAAGUUCCUUGCUAAUAUGGAAAUGAGUAACAAGUGCAAAACAGACUCUGUGCCAACUGAAUUUUAUUCUCCUAUUUGCAAAGCUUUCAGGUCCACUGGCACAUGCUUGUGUUUGUUAUUGUUAUUUGCUAUGUAAUUUAUUUUUUAAAGUAUACUUUGUAAUGUGAUUUUUUUCCAUUUCCAUAGUCAAUGGCACAUGUAUUUGUUGAAUACACUGUCAAUUCCUCAAAGUGUUGAUAUUUUGUUUUCAAAAUUGUAAAGAAAUGUAAUGCCUUUCUUUUUUUCCCUUUUGGUUGAGUUAGGUAUUUUUUAAAGAAAAUAAAAAUUAAUAUUCUGUUCAAUUUCCCAGGGCAAAUUUGUGAGCUAAGACUUUAGAAGCACAAGAUCCUUACAGGGGACUUGCCUUUUUUACAUAGUACUAUAGUUCUGAAAGUGGUUCAUUUAUUAAUAGAUGAUAGCUGUGGAAUGUGUCCCUAUUUCAGAGCUUGAUUUAAAAUAUUUUCCACCAUUUGUGGAAGCUGCUGUUACUUUAAGAGUGUUCUUUGCCAGAACCCCAAAGUUGAUACUAAUCGCACUGGGAAAUGAUACACAUAAUUAAGGUGUAGGAACUUAACCUGACAUUAAUCUGACAUAUUGUAAUUUACAAAGCCAAUAAAGGCAUACCCCACUUCCUAGGUUGUGUGAAGAUAUGAUUUAAGACAGUGUAACAUUAAAAGGGGGAAAGGAGUGUUAAUGCUACUGAGGCUUCAAGAACCAGCUUAAACUAGAUCAUUUCAAACUGUCUGAUUUGCAUUUCAAGGCAACAACUGAACAACAUUACAUGAGGGUUUUUCAAUAUUAUGGUGAGUUUGGUUACACUGCAUUAUUAAUGUUAUUGCAAAAUCACAUUUGUCAGGAUGUGGUUGCACAAGAUAUAAGCCUGUAGUUUCAGACUGACAAUUGAAGUGUUUUCCUACUUGUGGUAUAUAAUUAUAAGCAUAGAUAAGAAGAGACUGUAUGCUGCUAGCAUAGCCAUGGAGCAACAUUUUAAAAAUAUCAGUUUAUCUCUUUUUUAAAUACUUACCUUUUGUUUUAAAAUCAAUACUAAGUAUUGGUUCCAAGGCAGAAGAAUGGUAAGGGCUAGGCAGUUGGGAGUUAAGUGACUUGAUCAGGGUCAUGCAGCUAGUAAGUGUCUGAAGUCAAAUUUGAACACAGGACCUCUCUCAUCUCCAGGCCUGGUUUUCUAUCCACUGAACCACCUCAUUGCUCCCUCAGAUCUUACCCUAAAUGAAAUUUUGUCAAUAAAAAGUGGUCAAGUGUGAUGAAAAAAUUAAGUACAGUUGUUUUUUCCUUGAUGGUUUUAGGGAAGAUAGAUGAUUAUUUUGACAAAUCUUCAUGAACUAAAUUAAAAGCACAGAGAAACAAUUUUUAAAGAUAAAAACAGCAUAUAUUACUGAAAUCUCAUUGUCAGAGCUGCUAUUCAAUUCAGUUUUAUAUGAAAAAUUGCCCCAAAGUUUACUUGAAGUGCUGAUAUUUUUGUUUUUCUUUAACCUUUACCAAUAUUAAAACAUUUUCUGUAGGCCCUAUAACAAAACAAUAUUUUAGAAUAACAUAAAAGGAGAACAAACCUGAUAAAUUAAAUUUUAUCUACACAUAUGUUAUGUAAAUCAUUAAAUAUUAAAGUUAAGGAAAACAUUUUCAGUACUAGAAGGAUAAUGAAAAUCAAUACAAGUAAUACUUUGAUCAGGUUAUUUCUCCAACUUCCAAAGAAUGGAGCCCAUAAUGUAAAUGACUUGAAAGAAGAAGCCCUUGCUAGGUUUGAACAGAAGUGGAAGAAUUUGGAAAUUCUAUGACAAGGACAGAUUUUUCCCUUAUGUAGAUUUAGAGUGUGAAUAGUUGUGCCUUAUAAAAAAACAAGAGAAUCAGGUUUAAUGUGUAUUAUAUUUUCAGGUGGCCAUAUUUUAUAUUUAAAUAAUUUUGAAUUUCAUAAAGAAAAAAAAUAUUACAAUACAUUUGUUCUGACUCAAAUAACAAUGGUAGCAUUACCAUAGUAUAUAAAAUUUUGGAGGCUGGCCAAAAAAAAAAUGUAUAUAUGUGUGAGAUUGUUAGUGUUAUUAUUACAGGGUUUUGUUUUCUAAGAAAGUUGAAUUAUAAUGAAAUUUCAAUUUCAGAAGAACUAUUUACCAUUGUUAAAUCUGGGGUUUAUGAUGAAGUGCCUUAUUCUCAAAUGCCUGUAUCUCUGAUAAAAAAAAAUACUCUACCAUGAAAUUUUGCAUUAGCAGUCAUAAUUUAAUAGCUUUUCCUCUCCUUUCCCAUCCAAUAAAUACCAGAGAUUUGAUGUUGUUUCCAAAUGCUAUGGAUUAAUGAUCAAACGGACAAAAUUUCAAAUACUUUUAAAAUUUUGUCACACAAUAAUGACUUUUAACAGAAAUGCUAAAGAUAAUUUAGAAUAUUUUUUACUGGAAAAUUGUUCUCCUGCUUAUUUAAAAUUGUACUAUGUUAUCCCCAAACAAACAAAAGAAGUUGAGAAUAAAGGAUACAACCAGAGACAAUUUAGAAAUUCAUAUUUCUACACAUUCUGUGUUGAAGGCUUUUGAACACCCAAUUGGAAUCAGAGAGCCAGAGAAAUGAAACCAAACAUAUUAAUUUAAAAUUCAAACAUAUGUAACAACAUUCAGGAUUAGCAAAGAUCAGAAAGUGUUAUGCAGUGAAGCAGAAGAGUAGGAUUCAUAUUUAUGGGAUCUUCGAUUUAAAGAUGGAAGGGUCUUAGAGGUCAUCAGUCUAAUAUAUUCAACCAAAUAAGUCCAUAAAUAUAUCAAACUAUAAUACAUUUAAUAAUUUAAUAUACAGAUUACCUCUAUGCAAUCCCUUUUCCCAUCGCCACCUCUCUAUCUGAUAUGAAUAGUGCCCUUUGCUGCAGUAAUCUUUAUAGGGUACUCCAGGUAAGAUCUGAAUUACGAGCUAUUUAUGAUAAUUCCUUUUAGAAGGGAUAUACAUGUGUGACUCCAAAAUCUUUCCAUUAUUGCUGGCAUAGAAGAGACAAGAGCAAUUCAAGUUGUUGCCAUCCCCAAUGCCUCUUUAGUUCUUGGGUCUGCAGCAGCUCUAGCAGGGCAAGUGAUAUGGGUAGUGGUUGAAAUUCUCAACAGUGGCAGCAUGAAAACAGGAAGAUGAUUGGAAAUAAUGAGGAUAGGUCAGGGCCCUUAUGAAUAUUUGUGCCUCCAUCUGGAACUGUCCUAGGCUCACAAAAUGUUGAUAUCUGUCAUUAGAACCAAAUCCUAAUAAUCUUCAGAUCAGAUGGGGAUGCUUUUAAAAUUGGAUAAUUUUUAAAAGUUCCCCCAAUGUGAUUAUACCAAACUUUUCAGUUCACACCACCAGAAGCCUUUGUCUUAAUAGAAAAAUACUGAUGAAUCAAUCCACUGUCCUACAUAAUUCCUGAUAUAAGUUAUAGGGAGAAAAUAUCCUGAAAGAAUUCCCUAUAUUUAUUUUUAAAAAUUUUAUUGCAAAUAGAUCAAAUUUCAGAAUAAUAACUUACUCACUUGUGAAGAAUUAUGAUAGGACUUGGGGCUUAGGACAAUACCAAUUUGAAAGAAACAUUAACCUGAAUUGAUUAUCUAAUAUAAUAGCUUACACAUAAACAGAGAAACCAAGAUCUGAAAAGAAUUUCACAACCAUCUAAAAGUAUUAUGUUUAUAAGUCAAAGAAGGAAAAAUAAAAAAUAAAAGGCUUUAAUGAACCCACAAAAAUUAGGAUUUAGAAAAAAAUUAAUCUUACUUUUUUAGUCCUUUAAUAUUUGUAUUUCUCAGAUUUUUUUAAGCACUUAGCCCAUAAUUCCAUGUUUUCAUGAAAGCUAUUUUAUUUUACUUUUUACUUAGAAAAAUACUAUAGGUUCAUUAAUUUUGAACUGAAACACUCAGAGUGCCAUAACAUGCUACAUUUAUUCUCCAGUGUUAUUUCUUAUAUAUGUUAUUUGGGAAUUUUAUUGUUUGUAGUUUUGGUUGUUUCAACACUGCAGAUUUAUAAUCUAUAUUUUGGUUUCAAGAAUAUGAUCUAGAUUCUUCCACACAAAGAAGCUUAUAAUCUGAUAAAAUACUUUGUUAGAAUUUGUGGAGAUUUAAUGUACUAUCAACUAAGGAAUACAUUUGAAAAGGUUUGGGAGUAUGUUUUAUUUUCCUAAUAUUUGUAACACAAUGUACACUUAAUAUUACCUCUCUUGAGUUGUAUUAAUUGAGAAGUUUAUCAUUUCCAAGUAAAAUUGGUUAAAUGUAUGCAUUUAUACUUGUCUUUUAUAUGAAUGCAAUAUCCUGCCUUCAAUUCUUCACUGACUAUUGAAUUUAUUUAACUAAUGAAGAUGUUUGGAGUGUUAGUUAUAAAGUCAAGAGUACAGUAGUAAUCUCUCCAGAAUGUGAGAAAAACAAGGUUUGUAAAAUAAAUGCAUUGUGUGAUAUUCCUUUUGAGUUGAAACAUAAACUUCAUAGAAAAUAAAACCAUGUUUUAAAUAA